AUGAGUAACGGACUAGUUUCUCAAGUCGCGGUCAGCCAGGACAAACCGUUGGACCGCGAAAAGAUCAGUCCAAUGCUUCUCCGUGUUUUCUGUGCUAACCUCAAGCACAAUCCCAUCAACGAGUACAACAAUCGAAACGGAGGAUCCGUGCCAGCUAACGAGCUCCAAAUGUACACAUGGUAAGGGUAUACUAGGGUAUAGCGCACAAAGGAAAGAAAACUCAUUCGCUUGGCUUUAGGAUGGAUUGCACGCUACGAGAGCUUACAAGUCUCAUCAAGGAAGUGAACCCAGAUGCGAGACGGAAGGGAACCACCUUCGACUUCUGGAUUGUUCAGGCGGACCGCACUUCGAUCAGAUACAUCUAUCGUGAAGUCGGAAACACAAUGAACGGACAACGAGGAAUCGAUGACAGCAAGACGGUGGGUAAUACCAACAAUAGAUGACAAUUACCUGAUUUACAUUUCUUUUUACCUGCCCCAAAUCUUUUUUUUCUGGACAAUAGUCUUAUCUGUUGAUCACAGGUUCAUUCCUAUUCAUAACAAUUCCAGCUUCAACAAUGCAAGUUCGAGGUGGGAGACUUCAUCGACGUGGCGAUCACCACGCCGAUUCAGCAACGCCGAUUCAACCAUCGGGAGGGAGGGGACCGUCGCGACUUCGAUCGUCGUCCGCGCAGUCCGAUUCGCUGA